AAUCAAGACCCGCAGGCUGCAGGAUGAGUUCGACGGGGGCGCAUGGCUCCCUACCUCAGUCGUGACCAAACUGGACUCGGAGGCUUCGUUGGGAGAUGACUUUGCAUCGAAGAAGAACCAGGGAAAGUUCGUGAAUCCUUGGAUGGAUCACGAGAUGUUCAAAGGGAAAGCCUUCAAGGUGCUCAAGUUCAUGUACGAGUCGAAGACCAAGAGAGCGUCUCUCCCGUCGCAGGAGGAGCUCGACAAGUACCUCCCGCUCAGUCAGACCAACUGGAACUUGAUCAGCGCUCCACCGCCAAGCUCCAUCACGCUCACUUGGAUCGGUCAUUCCUCCUUCCUCGUCCAAAUAGGCGGCUUGAACUUUCUCACGGAUCCUGUCUUCUCCAACCGCGCGUCUCCCGUGCCUUUCAUGGGACCCUGGCGGUAUGCGAAGCUUCCUUUCGGAGUUGAAAAACUCCCCAAGAUCGACUUCGUCGUGAUCUCACACAGCCACUACGACCACCUUGACCUUGACACGGUCAGGAAGCUCGGCAACGGCCCCGUGUGGUACGUCGGGCUAGGGCUGAAGGAGUGGUUCUUGGGGGAAGGGAUCACAAACGUUGUGGAGAUGGACUGGUGGCAGUCUGUCAAGUUCGGCAAGAGCAACGUAGAGGUAGAGGAUUCCGAGCCUUGGCUGCUCGCCCUCUCAAGCUCGUUGCUGCAGAUCACGUGCACGCCUUGUCAGCACUGGUCCGCCCGCACUCCCUUCGAUGCUUGCAAGACCUUAUGGUGCAGCUGGGUCGUCAGGGAUGCCGGGGGCCCGACUUUCUUCUUCGCCGGAGACACUGCGCACUGCCCUGUGUUUGAAGAGAUCAGGAGGAGGGUGGGAAAGAUCCACUGCUCGCUGAUCCCCAUAGGCGCGUACCUGCCCCGCAAGUUCAUGAAGGACCAUCAUGCCUCUCCUGAGGACGCGGUGCAGAUCCACCUGGCCCUCGGAUCGAGCUGGAGCGUUGGCUGCCACUGGGGUACGCUACGGCAGAAGGCGCUGGAGCACGUGUUGGAUCCUCCCAAGGUGGUGCAGGCGGAGCUUGAGAGGAGGAAGAUGAAGCCUACGGAUUUUGAGGUGAUGAAGCAUGGCGAGACUCGGGGGAUUGUAGUGCAGGGAGGCAUGGUCUCGAAGAUUUGACAGAUCCCGCAAACAAUUUUUAUGACAUGUCAUUACAUUAAGUGCGAUG